AUGCUGAAGAUCACACGCCGCCUAGCAUUAGCACUGUCCGUUCUCAUGGUGAUGAAUGUUGUAUCGGACGAGUUCGAUCAGCUAUUGAACGAAAGUGCGGACGCGCUAAUUGUCAUCGACUUCUACGCGACAUGGUGCGGACCAUGCAAGAUUAUGGGACCGAAAUUCACCAAGAUGUCGAAUGAGUAUCCAUCUGUGGUUUUUGUGAAGAUUGACGUUGACGAGACUGUAAGUAAUCAGAAGUAA